GCAGGGAAGGUCUCAAGCAAAUAGGCGACUAGGGAACUUUUUAUUAUUAUUAUUAUUAGCAAAUAAAAUAAAAUAAAAACAAACAACGUUCGGAUUUUUUUUUCUUUUUCAUAAGGCAGCAAACAUGAUGCGUCUGUUUUAACUUGGGGAAAGCCUGCUGGUCACAGAAUCAGGUGGUCUAAGCGUCCGGGGUCCUCACCAUCACAAUGAGCUGGACGGCGCUGUAUGCCCAGCUGGGCGGCGUGAACAAGCACUCCACCAGUUUGGGGAAGAUCUGGCUCUCGGUCCUCUUCAUCUUCCGCAUCACCAUCCUGGUGCUGGCCGCUGAGAGCGUAUGGGGAGAUGAGCAGUCAGACUUUACCUGCAACACUCAGCAGCCUGGCUGCAAGAAUGUCUGCUACGACCACUUCUUCCCUGUGUCGCACAUCCGCCUGUGGUGCCUGCAGCUUAUCUUUGUCUCCACGCCAGCCCUGCUGGUGGCCAUGCACGUCACCUACAGGAAGCGAGAGGACAAGAGGACCAUGCUGGCCUCCAACGGCGGCGAGAAGGCCACAGAGACCGACCUGGAGACACUGAAGAGGAGGCGUCUGCCCAUCACCGGCCCACUAUGGUGGACAUACACCUGCAGCCUGUUCUUCCGGCUCAUCUUUGAGGGCGGGUUCAUGUAUGCCCUCUACUUUGUCUAUGACGGCUUCCAGAUGCCCCGGCUGGUGAAGUGCGAGCAAUGGCCCUGUCCCAACAAGGUGGACUGCUUCAUCUCCAGGCCCACAGAAAAGACCAUUUUCACCAUCUUCAUGGUAUCUUCGUCAGCUAUCUGCAUGGUGCUGAACGUGGCUGAGCUGUGCUAUCUCAUCGGCAAGGCAUUACUGAGGUGCUCCAACAGGGUGUCUAAGAGGAAUGGAGCCUACACCCACCCUAACAGGGUGACCUCAGACAAUGUCCUGCUGCAGAAUGAGAAAAAUGAGUUGUUCCUGAUGUCGGCCCCGGAUUCAACCAGCAACAAGAGCAAAUGAGGUCACUAUACUGCUGUAGAGUUGGAUCCGAGUCCACAUCUUAACCCCAACCCUGCCAAAAAGGUUUUAGUUUUACUGUAGCCUGUGUCUACUGUUUUUAAUCAGACUGACAAGGUACGUCCCCUUGAAGGAUGUCCCCUUGAAAUUUUCCCUGACAGGAUGAGAAGGCUUGUAAAUCCUGUUUCUUAGACUAGGUGACACUUUAAAACAACAUCAAUUCAAAAGAUCACAUUAAAUUUGUCAGGGCAAUGUGGCAAGACUUCUUGAGCCUACGGGGAAUAACUUGAUGUGUUGCUGCCUGGUGAACGGUGCAUGGACGUGAUUGGCACCAGGGUUUAUACCUCCGAGUACAUGGAUGAAUACUGUCUGUUGUCCUGUUUUAGAGACUAUUGAGGAAUUUGUAGAAGCCCCGCACCGUUGUGAAUGAUAUAGUCACAUGAUUUAACUGGUAAAUUCCCCAUCAGUGUUUGUUACUGUAAGACCUUGUGUGUAGUCGACUUUUCAUAGAGCUGAUGAAACAUACUUGAUUCCUCCUACUUUAAUAGAUAAGCACCUUCCGAAUUUUUACAAAUAUCACCCUGACUCCCUUUAAGGUAGUAAAAUUAAUGAUUUUUUUAAUAGAAAAGAUUUGUUGACUUAAUUUAUUGAUAAUAUUUUAAAGUUGCUUGAACGUGCCACCGUCCGUCUCGGUGGACCAGAAGAAUGAGACGACAGUGACCCCUAGUGGGUGAAAGUGUCGCCUGCAACAGCACAGAACAAGUGAAGGGGGAAAUAGAAGUUAACAUAAAAAGGCCCUCAAGUGCCUUUUAUGAUUUCCGUCGUCUUGUUUACAAGAGUUGACGUUUUAGUGUGAUGGUUUAUGAAUACACAUACACGCACACUCAAUAGGUGAACAUCAUCUCCUGUAAACAAGUUAAAUGACUGAAACGAAUAAAUGAAGCAUGGAAACAUUUUGAAGUUAAAAGUGGCUUUCAGUGAAGUAUAUAUUAGGUGUACUACUGCCAAAAGUUACACAGACAAGACGGGAGUUUGAAGAGAAUGAGCCUGAUGUAUUAAACUGGGCGAAAUAUGAACUUAUUAGAGUUCAAAUUUUACAUUGUAUAUAGUUGCUGCUCCACGAUAACCUUGUAGACUCACUACUUAACAUCUUUUGUUUAGCUUGAUAUUAAAUGUUAAGCAACCCUCAAUCCUUCUGGCUACCAUUGGAAAAACACUUUUUUCUCUUUUUUUUCCCCCGCACGAGUUAUUUUAAUAUGCCGCAGCGAUUUAAUCAUCUCCAAUCUGGUUAAAUUGGAAAAGUGCGUGUUUACAAUUUGAAUUAAAGAAUGGGUCUGUUUAUUUUCAUACGUUUGUCUAUGGAUUUACUUUCCUCGUGUGUGUGUGUGUGUGUGUACCUACUGACCCCAGCUGGCUGUAUAGUGUCAGCUUUCAGCGCGCGUGCCUUAACUUAGACGCCAUGCUAAUCACUUGCAGCCCUCCCAAAUGUGAGUUACACCAGGGCUGAUCUUGAAGUGAACAUGUUAUUUGUCCUCCGUUCGUCCAGGAAUAGAGAAAUUGGACCGGUCACACCUCCGCAAUGUGCAGGAGUUAAUCGCCCUUAUGUGUAACGGCAUAACGGUGAUGUCGGUGUCGUGACGUGGACGGUAAAACUCUCAUCCGUGUUGUUUUUUGUUUCAUUCAUAAGAGCCGAGCCACACGUCAACAUGGAGCACGAUACCAAUACACACACAUCACAUAAAUCAGAGGAGUCAUCUGUAGCCUACAUGACUUUCAUCAUGCAAGUUAUAUGAAUGAGGUUUUAUGCCAAAUUGUGAUCAGCUUUGCAUCUAUUAGCUUGUUUUAUUAAUGUGGCAAGAGACAAUUCUUUUACUUCUUUUUUUUAAGAAUAAACAUUAAAACUCUGGUCCAGGAACUUGUUGCUGUCCAUGUUUUCACAGUUCAUAACAGUAACAGUAAUUGUUGGACCAUUUUCUAACCGUGAGAUUUAAUACUGAAUUGUGUUUAUUAUAGGCUAAAUUUAUUUUGUACUUUUUGUCUUACGUGUGCACUUUGACCCUAAU